UUAACUUGAACAAUGCAGCACAUAUCACAAUAAAAAUAAGCUUAUUAUGUUAAAGAAAAACAUCAUUAUUUACUAAGAAAACUGGUGUGUAUAUAUAUAUAUAUAUAUAUAUAUAUAUAUAUAUAUAUAUGUACCAGGCCAUUCUAUGAUGGUCGUUCUCAAUCAUUUAUAUGUUGACACUGUAAUAUAAUUUUUGGUUGUUUCUUUUUUUAUAGUUGCUCGAAGUAGAUGUUAAAUCUGUUUACAUAUCAGGAGAUUAUAACAUGUACUAGAAAUUUUUGUAACUUUAUCUCAGUUUGAAUUUUGGUUUUACGCUCCGUGAAGGGGAAGCAUAUAGUCGCCUCUUUGUCCGUCUGGCAAUCGUCCUUUUCUCAGCAACCACUUGCUGGGAUUUAGUGAAACUUCUUAGGUCAGUAUUCCUGAGCAACCCCUUGCUAAUAUUCAGCGAAACUUAAUAACCAAAAGAUUUGUUUAUCUUGAGCGAUCCAGGGUCAUCAUGACCCUUUUUAACCAGGUUUUCAACGAAAACCUGAGUUAUUAGAUUGGGGUAUGUCGUUGGUCGGGCGGGCCGAUGGGCGGGCGGCGGCGUCAAACUGGUGUUUCCGGUCAAUAACUUUUGUUUCGGUAAAGAUAUUUGAAUAAAACUUGGUUUGUAUGUAGCUUAUAUCAAGACAAAGGCUGGGAUUGAUUUUGGGGUUUCUGGGGUCAAGGUCAAGGUCAUUGUUACUAAAAAUAGGGUUAGGUUAGGGUUAGGGUUGUGCUUUAAAGUGGUGCACUGUGAUUCAGUAUACUUUUUUAUUCUUAUGAAAAGUGUUGAAAACCUGGUUUCGUGGCAUUGCCGCGUUUCUUGUGUUGUUAAUGUCAGUGUGUUUUCGCGCAUAAAGAUCUGCUCCAGUCCUACCUUUUAACCUUAAUUAAAUUGUCACUGAAAAAAAAACCAAUAAAAUCCUGACAAUGAACAGUGACACCUGUCAAAAUAGGGCCUAUUUUAUAUAAAAUUCUAUAUAAAAUACCUGUGGUUUUCUUCAUCUUCCCAUCCAAGACAAACAUUUCUAAAGUUAUACAUGUCAUACCAAAAAAUAUUCCUCUGGCGGUCAGAUUUUCUAUGGCAUGUACACAUUUUACUUAAUAACAAAAUUACUAAAACUAAGAAAACUUACGUGCGAAAAUAUUACCAAUGUCCAACAUUUUAUUCGUCAUGUUUAAAGUAAAUUUCAUCUUUAUUUUUAAUUCGUAAAAGCCAUCAUUUCUUCAUCUUUUUCCCUUUUAUUUUCUAUAUACAAACAAUGUAAAAUGUGUAAAAACUGACUUCUAUACUCAGUACUUCUGCAUAGCUGCGUCAUUCUACCAAAACCUGUAAUCUGAUUUUAAAGAGAGAAAUUAUUAUCUGUAGAUAGGUGUUUUAUUAUGGGCAUCUUGCUUACUAGUAUACGUAUAUUAAGUAGGUUGCAAUCAAGGUUUUAAAUGUAAAUGCAACACUUUGUAACACCAGGUUAAUAUACUCACUUGUUCAGUUAAAGCUGUAUAUUCUUCUCUGAAUCCAUUUCCCUAUGUUUUUAUGGUCAUUCUCUUGACAUACCUAGAUAUUUAGAUCUUGCGAAUGUUAGGUUAAACUAAAAUGGAUACAGUUUGAAGCUUAGUCUAGGCAAUCAACAUAAACUUAUUUCAUAGAAAUUAAAUCAUCAAGUAUUUAACUUUAGUCUUGUUUUAAAGCUUCACAAAUGUACUUUUUUACAGAUUCUAGAUAAAUGUGUGUUAUAGUCAGAGGUUUAUGUUAUAAAUAUGACAAUGGUUAACGAAGAAAAUGUAUUUAGCAUUUAAAUAUAUUAUAACUUGUACUGAUAUUGAUUCACACAUAUAAAUAUUAGUUUUGCAUGGAACUGCUUCAUUUAUUGUCAGAGAUAAUACUUUAUUGUAGACACAUACAAACACAGGCUGGCGCACACACGUUCGCAAACACACAUGCACAUACAACAUAACACAAUCACAACACAUUACACACAACUUACACACACACACACACACACGCACACACACACACACACACGCCCAUACAACACAACACAUUCACACCACAUGAAACGAAUACAACAAAAUACACUUGCAAUAGUUUUAUGGUAAUUUUGAUAGUGUAACAUUUUAUGGUAUGAGUAUUUUUAUUUCACGCGUUUCGAAGUAUAGCGUGAAAUAUUUGUCUGAACGCGGAACGCUUUACAAAGGGUGAUAAUUGAUAUUGGUCAGUAUGGAUUUUGCACGGGGUUUUUCAGUGAAGCGUACAUGUAUGUACAUAUAAAUAGAUGUGUAAUCAGAUACUGGUCAUUCUACCAGACGACUCCGAACAAGUUAAAUUUGUUAGAUAACACGUGGUAGCCGGAUAAAAUGGAGGAGGAAAAUGCCAUGCUUUCGCGCUUAGAGACAAUGAUAAACAGCAAAUUUGAGGCUUUUGAGAAAAGGAUUAGUGAUAACCAGAAGGAAUUAUCACAGUCACAGAUUUCAGUGAUUCAAGAAAAUCUUCAUGAUAAUUACGUGUUUAAGAAAAAGGGACAUGAACAACAGUACAAAGUUAAUUCGCAAGUUAUAGACAAAUUGCGUAGAGCAGAGGGUUUUGUAAAAGAGGCGAGCAGAGAUUCUUCAAACGAGGCCGCAGAUAAUGCCAUCAGCAAAAUUACCGAAGGUAUUGAUAUUCUUCAGCAUCGUCAAAAAUGUAUUAAGCUCGCUGAUUCAUCGGAACACGGUUGGAAAGUAGUACACGAAUACGAAGCUCACCCACUGGCAGACGAUUCCGAUGACGAGAAAAAGAUAUACAGAGCCCAAAUGCAGGCAGAACGUAAAGUUCAGCGGGAGAGACGUACGAGGAGCAGACGUUACGUUCCCUACACAAACCCCGGUAACCAGUCCAGCGGUACAGCGUCCAUAUCAACGAGACCACAGACGCAGUCGGCAAACAGGAAACCAGGUUCUUGUUUCCGGUGCGGCAAGCCAGGCCACUGGAGGGUUGAUUGUCGUGUGGCGCAGACUGAGUCUCAGUCGGACAAGAAUGUACAGAUAAGUACUUUUGUUAGUUCUUUUAGCUGUAAAGAUUUGAACUCUGGGGAGAGAGAAAAUGAUUUUCUGCUAAGUUCAAAAUUGUCUGAAAAUACCAAAAUAUUAAACAAAAAUUGUAAGUCUGAGUUAGCGCAGACGAAAAAUGCAGAAUCUCCUGUUGGUAGACUGAAGUCUUCUUUCAGACACUGGCAAGAUGCCGGUGCAGGGGAGUAUAUUUUAGACAUAAUUCAGAACGGUUACAAGUUACCUUUCCAGAAGGUGUCCAGUUCUAUAGAAUUAAACAAUAAUAAAUCAGCCCGUGAUAAUGCAUCAUUCGUUUCAAAAGAAAUUCAAAGUUUAUUAUCAAAAGGCUGUAUUCGAGAAGUAUCAGCACCGCCGAAGGUGAUAAAUCCACUUACUGUAGCAAUCAAUCGUUCAGGCAAGAAAAGGCUCGUUUUGGACUGUAGGCACUUGAAUUUAGAUUUGUUUAAGUAUAAAUGUUGUUUUGAAAAUCAUUCGGUAGCCAGAGACAUAUUUUCAAAAGGAGACUAUCUAUUCAGUUUUGACAUAAAGGGGGCUUAUCAUCAUAUAAUGAUUUUCCCCGAGCAUACGACGUAUCUCGGAUUUGCUUGGCUGGAAAACGGUGUGAAACGUUAUUACGUUUUUCAAGUUUUACCAUUUGGAAUUUCUACUGCCGGAUUUAUAUUUACAAAAAUUUUAAGAAUCUGUGUUAAAAAAUGGAGGGAAAUUUGGUUCAAAAUCGUAUUAUUCCUAGACGAUGGUUUGGGAGGAGCAAGUACUUUUGAAACAGCCUUCACUACUGCAAAAUUCAUUAGGCAAGAUUUACUUAAUUUCGGGUUUUUAUUAGCAAAAGACAAAUGUCACUGGUUACCGUGUUUAUAUGCGGUUUGGUUGGGCUAUGAAUGGUACAUGUCGGAUAGUAUCCUAAAAGUGACCGAAGAUAGAAUCUGUCGUACUGAAAAGUUGCUUGAUGACUUGAUUAACCAAAUUGGUAACGGUUCAGUUCUUGUGCCCGUGAGAAAAAUAGCUUGUUUGAUAGGCCAGCUCAUUUCUAUGCAGAGUGCUAUCGGUGAUACGGUUAGGUUACGUUCAAGGUCACUGUAUGAUUGUGUAGCUUCCAGAUCAGGCUGGAACGCCCCAGUUCAGGUUAGUUCUACCGCCUUAUGUGAGAUAAUGUUUUGGAAAGAUAAUUUGAGAAAACUGAACAUGAAUGAUUUAGAAACAAAAUCUGUUAAUCGGGCAUACGUCACUGUUGACGCCAGUGAAGCUAGAUAUGUAGAAUAUGCUAAUGUCUUUGUUGACGCCAGUGGAGCUGGAUUUGGUGGUUUUAUCGAAGAAAGCGAGAAUAGCGAAGUAACCGGAAGUUGGUUAGGUUCCGAAAGUAUUUUGAGUUCCACAUGGAGAGAAUUAGAGUCUGUUUACCGCGUGAUGAAAAGUCAUGUUACAAAUUUGCAGGAUAAAAAAGUAAUUGUACAUACAGAUAACAAAAAUGCAACCUCAGUUUUACGAAUCGGCAGUAAUAAGCCGUAUUUGCAAGAUGUUUCAUUAAAAGUGAACGAAUUCUGUUCAGAAAAUAACAUUUCUUUAUUUCCUAGGUGGUUGCCAAGGGCAGAUAACUCUGAGGCAGAUUACCUUAGUCGAUGUUCAGACAGUGACGACUGGUCCAUUUUAGAUUCUAUAUUCAGGGCGUUAGACGAAAAAUGGGGACCACACUCUGUAGAUCGUUUCGCUUGUCAUUACAACGCAAAAUGCAGUAAUUUUAAUUCUAGGUACUGGUGUCCUGGCACAACGGGCGUUGAUGCAUUUAAGCAAAUUUGGUCUGAAGAGAACAACUGGAUUGUUCCUCCGCCUAGAUUGACUUUGAAGUGUAUUCGUAAGAUAUUAGCCGACAGAUGUCACUGUACAGUUGUAGUUCCUCAGUGGAAGUCUGCGCCAUACUGGCCAGAAUUAUUUCCGGGCGGAAGUCAACUAUAUUUAUUAAAGACUGUGUUUAUUUUCAGCCUGGAAAGUUUACAAAAAGAGGAAAAGGUAGAAACGGGAUUUUUGACGGCAGACAAUUAUUGUUUGGCUUUGUUGCUGUAA